GGCUAAAGCAUCAUUAAUGAAGAGGAAUUGCAAGUAUAGUCAACAAUGACACACAUUUCUUCUAAAACUUUAUUUUCUCUUUGCAUCAUUCAUAAAGUAAUAAGCCAGCAGAUAAAGCCAUUCCACAAACGAACUAAGACAUUCUUUCUUGCACUAAAGAGCAGCUGCAGACAAACAAGUAGGUUGGAUUAGCGAGUGAGAUCCUCCAUGGAAGAUAUCGGUCCGAACUCAUGCACGAGGCAAGUGGCAGAGAAGAAAGCAAGACCUCAAGAGCAAUUGAAUUGUCCAAGGUGCAGUUCAACCAACACAAAGUUCUGUUAUUACAACAACUAUAGUCUCACACAGCCCAGAUACAUCUGCAAGACUUGUAGAAGGUAUUGGACAGAAGGAGGGUCUCUCAGAAACGUUCCCGUUGGAGGUGGCUCUAGGAAGAACAAGAGGGUCACCUCAUCAAAGGUUCCUCCUGACUUGAAUCCACCAAGCCUCUCAUCAGUCUCAGCUAUUUCUUCCCAAAACCCUAAAAUGCAAGGAGUCCAUGACCUUAAUCUAGCUUUUCCUACAGCUAUGGACAAUUAUCAUGGCAUGUCUCCAUAUGUUGAGAUGCCAAAACUUGAAAUUGGUGGUGAUCACAGUACUAGUCAUAGUCACCACCAUAGCCCUUCUGCUGUUGAGCUACUACGGUCUGGCAUGGCUUCUAGGGGUUUGAAUCCUUAUGCUCCUAAUUCCUUGAUGUCAACCUCAGAUCAUUCCCUUUAUACAACUGGCUAUCCCAUGCAGGAAAUUAAACCAAACCUUAGCUUUUCAGUUGAUGAUGGGUUUGGAAAUAGAUCAUAUGGGGUUCAAGAGAAUGGUGGUGGGAGGCUUUUGUUCCCUUUUGGAGACAUCAAGCACCUUUCUGCGGGUGUUGAAGUGGAACACAUUAAAGAACGAGGAAACAAUUCAACUGGAUAUUGGACUGGUUGGUGAAGGGUCUUCAUGGCAAGGAAAUUAUGAGAAGAAAUAUUGAGAGGACAUAUAAACCUUCACUGUUUUCUUUAUCUUCACUGUUUCGAUCUAUCCUUUCUCACAUGGAUCAUUAUGAUCUAUCUGCUUGAAGUUGUUCAGAUCACUAACAAUAGGGUUACUCUGUUUUGUAUACAUUAUUAUUAUUACUACAUUUCUAUUCGAACAAUAGCAAUGUGAGGGUUUUACAGCUCAUCUUGGUUGCUUUUAAUGUUUAGAGAGAUAGAUAGAAGAAGAGGUGAAUAUAGGGUCUGCUUUUGUUCAAGUCAUGCAAUGGCAUGUAUUCAUGAAUUCUUCUGUCAGGAGUAGAUACAUAUCUAUCUAUCACCUUUAUUGAUGUAUGCAUGCUUUCAAAGAUUUGGUCCAAAAUGACUUUUGAUGAUUAAGGAAAGAGUCAGAUAUUCAAGUUUGUAACCAUAAUUAUACAUGUAUUGGAUUGGUUGUGAGUGCUUUGUGAGCUCUUUCUUAUUA